AUGAGGACUAUUUUCUGGGCCGACGAAAGAUCAAGAACAUCUUAUUUGCAAUUCAGUGAUGUUAUUGUGUUUGAUGUGACAUACAGAACUAAUAAGUUCAGUCUUUCAUUUGCUCCAUUUACUGGUGUAAAUCACCACAGGCAGUCCACUUUACUUGGUUGUGCAUUAUUAGUCGAUGAACAGGAAGAUACAAUUGUGUGGUUAUUUCAAGAAUGGCUAAAAUGCAUGCAUAAGAUUAAACCAGGUGUUAUUAUAAUAGACCAGGAUAGAGCAAUGUGUAAUACUAUUCACUUUGUGUUUCCAAUGACAAGAUAUUGUUAUUACUAUUGGUACAUGGAAAAGCAUAUUACUGAUCAUUUGCCUACUUUGGGGUCUUGUUAUGGUGAACAGUUUCAAAGGUAUUGGGGCUUGUGGUAUAAUAACUCUUCAAUUGAACAAUGUGAAGUAUAUUGGCUUGAGAUGAAGGAGAAGUUUAAUAUAAAUGAAGAAGGGGAGGGGUGGUUGCAAACAAUUUACAAAUAUCGAGAACAUUGGGUGCCAUGUUAUCUGAAGGACACUUUUUUUGUUAGAAUGAGAUCGAGCCAAAGGAGUAAAAGUAUUAAUGCAUUUUUUGAUGGGUAUGUUAACUCACAGACUCAAUUACACGAGUUUAUGACACAAUAUGAAAAAGCAAUAACUCAUCGUCGCUUAAGUAAAGCCCAUGAAGAUUUUAAGAGUCUUAACACAAAGCCUAUCAUGCUCCUUGGAUAUCCAAUUAAGGUCCAAACUGGAGAAAUGUAUACACGCAAUAUGUUUGAUAUGUUCCAAACUGAAUUCAAACGAUUUGGUACAGAGUUUUGUGAAGAAUUAAGAAAAGAUGGGGACAUUAUUGAAUACAAGAUCUGUAAGUUUACAGAUAGAGGAAAAUAG